AUGUCAUCAUCUUCAUCCGAUGGUCUAGACGAAAGAAUAGACGAACUUGUUGAUGAAAUCGUUGAAGAUUACUACAACGACAUAGUGGAGGACCAACCCGAUGAUGAGGCGAACCGUGCUUAUAUUGAACGAGACCGUGAAGGAGGAGAUGAUCAGUUAUGGAAUGACUACUUCAGUGAAGACCCGACAUACUCGGCACAAAUAUUUAGAAGACGUUUCCGCAUGAAAAAGAAUUUAUUCAUGCGUAUUGUUAGAGCCCUCAAGCAGAACUUUAUAUUCUUUCAGCAGAGAAAAGAUGCAACCGGGAGGUGGGGUCUAUCAUCACUUCAAAAGUGUACGGCGGCUAUUCGUCUGCUUGCUUAUGGUACAGCGGCUGACUCGGUUGACGAAUAUCUCCGACUUGCUGACACCACAGCACACUCUUGUUUACAUCAUUUCACUGACGCAGUUAUACAGUUAUUUGGCAAUGAGUAUCUACGACGACCCACAAAGGCGGAUCUUCAACGACUACUCUAUAUUGGAGAGCAACGCGGUUUUCCAGGGAUGGUCGGGAGCAUUGACUGUACCUUAAACGAUAUUAAUGUCCUCGAUCGGUCUCCUGUUUUUGACGAUAUUUUAGAAGGUCGAGCUCCGAGGACGGUAUAUAUCCAAAAUGGUCAACAUUUAUCCAAUCUAUCACACUCCCUCAAUGUCCCAAACAAGCGUUAUUUGCUAAAUGGCAAGAAGCAGCCCGAAAAGAUGUCGAGCGGGCAUUUGGAGUAUUGCAAGCUCGGUUUGCGAUUGUGA